AUGAUCUGCUACGCAGACGGCACCCUGGUGCUGGCGAGAGGCAUCGACUGGGAGGAGGCUACGGCCACUGCCAACACGGCUGUGGCGUGUGCCAUAAGCUCGAUAUGGAAGCUGGACCUCCGGGUGGCCUCCCAAAAGACCGAGUGUAUGUUCGUGUACGAUAGGUCAGCGAGGGUGCCCCCGAGGUCCAGCAUUAUGAUAGAGUCAGCCCGCGUGGAGGUAACUCCAGGCAUCAAAUACCUGGGGCUCCACCAGGAUGGCCAGUGGGACUUCACCUCUCACUUUGAGAGACUGGGUCCCAAGUUGGGGAGAGUCGCGGCUGCACUGUGCAGCCUCCUCGCCAACAUCGGUGGUCCGGACAACCGGGUUCGCAGGCUGUAUUCGAACGCCGUCUCGUCCUACGUCCUUUAUGGGGCGCCAGUUUGGGCGGGAGAGACGAGGGCCAAGCGGCGCAUCGUAGCAAUUUUGCACGGUGCGCAGCGUCUAAUGGCCACCCGCUUAAUCAAGGCGUAUAGGACAGUGUUGCAUGCAGCCGUCACGGCCCUGGCCGGCAUAAUACCGGCGGAGCUCCUGGCGCGGUUGUACGCUAAAACGUACAACAGGGUCGCGGAGCUCCGCCGGCGAGAGGAUGACCAUUUGCUCACAGCCAGGGACGUACAGAGAAUACGCGACUCGGCCCGGCGUGGAGCCCUCUGGCGAUGGCAAAGAUCACUGGAGGCCCUGAACACGCCGGGAAUCCGGACCAUCGCGAUAACGCUCAGAGAUAUCGUCGGUCCUUGCCUGCUGCAAUGGGUGGGCAGGGCACAUGGCGGGUUGUCAUACCAUAUGACACAGGUGUUGACCGGACACGGCUGCUUCGGUCGAUACCUGUGUCGAAUAGGCAAAGAGCGCACGGCACAGUGCCGCCACUGCGCGGCUAGUGAGGACUCCGCAAAGCACAUGCUGCAAGAAUGCCCAGCGUGGACUCAGGAACGCGGAGUCCUCACUACAAUGGUCGGCCAGGAUCUCCGGCUCCCAAGCAUCGUACCAAAGAUGCUCGAGAGCCGGGAAGCAUAG